UUUUGCUGUAUAUUGUCGUCUGUCCAGAACUGGGAAUCGGAAAUGCUGGUCCAAUCGCCAAAUUCAUACUGAGUGAUUCCGUCCACGGCGAUUUGAAUUGUAUUGAGAAGGAUCGCCAUUUCAGCUUUCAAGGUAUUGUGUUUGGUUUGCAUAUCUCUCUGGUGUCUUUUCGAUCCGAGCUGUGCCAAUUUAUCGAACCCCUGGACGUAAUCUUCAAGCUGAUUUACCAGCAGUGGCAAAAUGGCCAGAACGAAACUGGCUGCUUCGAUGCCAGUAGCCAUCUUGGAGUGCCGGACUUAUGAAAAGCAAUGAGGAAGAGACAGUCUGUAUAGCAGGCGAGGCUGGGACUGAACGAGUGCAACAAAUGACCCUCAUACCCCGCUCUUUGUAACACCUGGGUUGCUCACGUCACGUUGGCGCUUGCAAGAGCCUUCACUUUGGCCUCCUUCAACUGAGGACAGGCAAAUUGACGCCAGAGCAUCAAAUAUGGCUCGGGCCAUCUCACCAUCUAUACAUGCAAUCAUUAAACGGUUGGAUGACUGGAGAUCAGAUGGAUGGUUUGUACUGUUCGAUGAUAAGGUUCCAGUAUCUCUCUGGGAAGAUGAAAUCGGGCGAAUGCGAGUGUGGGCUGCCGACAUUGGAGCCAACGCACAGGGCUCAAGGUCGCUGGACUACAGGCUGCGCGAUUCAUCUCACCUCAAAAGUCACGUCGCCCGUCUUCUAGAACAGCUUCUAAGGAACUGUGAAGAUCUGCAGGAGAUCGCAGAUCCCAGUCCGGCUGACAGGAAGCUUCCGAACUCUGAUAUGCAGGAAGAUCUUCGAGCAGAGCUCCAGUCAAUUUAUCACUCUGUGCAUGAUACAGUGGACUGUCUCUUCCGGCUUUCACCGGCAAUUCACCAACCUUCUAAACACGAUUUUGUUGUGGGGAUCGAGAAGUCUGACGUGGCUCAAUUUGAGCCUUACGAUCAACAGCUCGUUCUCAAUAGUUACCCUCAGGCAGAUGAACGCAUUGUUGUUCGACUUGGAACAGCGAUAUCACUGCGCCGGGCGAUCCUGCAGUAUAAGAGAUGUCGAUCAAAACUCGCUGGAGUACGCUUCGGACUCGAGAAUGGCGAGCCUGACUACCCGGGCAACCUAGAGCUUGGGGAUAUGGAGGAUUCAAAGGACUCCAAUUGCUCACGUGCAGCGCUUCUUGAACAAGAAGGCGAUGAAGCAAUGGUUUUUUUCCCCUGUCAGAUAGUGGAGGAAAGGUAUGAAUGCCCUUAUUGCUUCUUCAUGGUCCGGGUUGAUUGCAGUGAACAUGCUUGGGCCCAGCACGUCCUCAACGACAUCAUGCCAUAUGUCUGUGUCUUCCCAUACUGCCCAUCGCCUUUUCAGCUGUAUGAAUCACGGCAAGAAUGGUCCGCACACUGCCAACUUCAUCUCAAAGAGUUGGCUACUGGGGUCCUAGGCUAUCAACCAGAGUGUCGACCGGAGUACCCACGAGAGCGUCUACCAGAGUGGCCAACAGAGUGGCCAACAGAGUGUCCCUUAUGCACACUGAGCACAACUUCCGACACAAGUUGGGAGAGUCACGUUGCCAAACAUCUAGAGAAACUGGCACUACUUGCAUUGCGUUGGCAUGGGCGGGCGGACAAUGCAGAAGAGAGUCGUGUGGCCUACGGAUACAAUGUUGAUGGUCGCGCCUAUGGGAAUAUACCAGGACGGUUCCAGAGACAACCGUGGAGAGAUGCUCCUGAAUGGAAGGGUUUCGAGGCAGCAGAACCCAGCACUUCGGGGAAAUCGUCUUCUGGCAAAGACGCAGCAACGGAAUCCCAAUCUUGGAAACUUCUUUGGUGGGUAUGUUGUCGAUGUGGAGAAUCACGGAAUGCAGAAGCUGAAGCCAGCAAGUGCCUUUCUUGUAAACACUCUCGCUGCACAAGCUGUCGGUCAGUUGGAGGAUGAUGAUGUUCCCUAUGUAUGCAUGCAUGCAUGCAAACAUAUUUCCUUAUGUUCUAAGUUAUAGCAGAAUGUGAACUGAAUUACUUUUUAACACCAAGGAAAUUCUAAGGC